AUGGUCAGCUCCUGUUGUGGCUCUGUCUGCUCUGACCAGAGCUGUUGUCAAGGUCUCUGCCAGGAGAGCUGCUGCCGCCCCAGCAGCUGCCAGACCACCUGCUGCAGGACCACCUGCUGCCGCCCCAGCUGUUGCAUUUCCAGUUGCUGCAGGCCUUCCUGCUGUAUCUCCAGCUGCUGCAAACCCAGCUGCUGCAGGACCACCUGCUGCCGCCCCAGCUGCUGCAUUUCCAGUUGCUGCAGGCCUUCCUGCUGUAUCUCCAGCUGCUGCAAACCCAGCUGCUGCAGGACCACCUGCUGCAAACCCAGCUGCUGCAGGACCACCUGCUGCCGCCCCAGCUGCUGCAUUUCUAGUUGCUGCAGGCCUUCCUGCUGUAUCUCUAGCUGCUGCAAACCCAGCUGCUGCCAGACCACCUGCUGCCGCCCCAGCUGCUGUAUCUCCAGCUGCUACAGGCCCCAGUGCUGCCAGCCCUCCUGCUGCCGCCCGGCUUGCUGCAUUUCUAGCUGCUGUCAUCCCAGCUGCUGUGUGUCCAGCUGCCGCUGCCCUUCCAGCUGCCAGGCCACCUGCUGUAGAACAACCUGCUUCCGCCCCAUCUGCUGCGGCAGUUCUUGCUGCUGA